AGGCACGCUUCCAGGUCCUGCCUCAGCUGGGCAAGCAGAAGGGGACCCGGCUUGGCUGGGGGAAGUGGGCAGGGGCCCCUGGGGUGGGGCCAACCAGGCCUGGUCACUGCCUCCCAGGCUCUGUGCAAGGCACCUGCCAGCCCACACCCUUCUCUUGGGACAAUCACAGAACAAACAGGGUGGAAGCCAAGCCUGGAGAGGAGGGGGCCUGGCACAGCUGGACAGGCAGGGGAGGGCCACGGCCAGUCCAGGGCCAGGAAGCAAGACAGAUGAUGACACCUCUGCCCUGAGGUCAGGCAACCCUGGUCCCCGGAGGGUCAGGGAGACUCAGCACUCAAAGGGAUGAACACAGAAGCUCUGGCCACAGCAGAAGGACCACAAGGAGCAGGGGAGGCAGGAAGAGGCUGGGACAUGCCUGGGUCCAGCUUCACCAAGCCCCAGCCCGCCAAUGACAACAGAAUAGCAUGGGAUAGGCCAGAGCGGGCCCAACCGGAGACACGAGGCGAGAGGACUCACCACAGACUUUAGGAGAACACUGGGACCCCCAUGGACUCUGCCCCACGGAGGCCAGCCAGCUCGCCCCAGCCAGACGAGGGCCUCCCAUCGCCCCUCCCAGCUGUCCCUGUCCCCUGGAACAGUGCAGGCCCCUGCAAAAGCCGCAGGGAGGCCCCAGGAGCCCUGGUGGAGGCCUGCGUGAGGGAGGAGGCCCAGGGUGAGGAGGGCCCUGCAGCUGCCCGGCUGGACAUGUCACGGCUGCGCAGCUCCUCCAUGGAGAUCCGCGAGAAGGGCUCGGAGUUCCUGAAGGAGGAGCUGCACAAAGCCCAGAAGGAGCUGAGGCUGAAGGACGAGGAGUGCGAGCGGCUAUCCAAGGUGCGGGAGCAGCUGGAGCGGGAGCUGGAGGAGCUGACGGCCAGUCUGUUUGAGGAAGCCCACAAGAUGGUUCGAGAGGCCAACAUGAAGCAGGCGGCAUCCGAGAAGCAGCUGAAGGAGGCGCGGGGCAAGAUUGACAUGCUGCAGGCGGAGGUGACAGCCUUGAAGACGCUGGUCAUCACGUCCACGCCGGCCUCUCCCAACCGCGAGCUCCACCCCCAGCUGCUGAGCCCCACCAAGGCUGGGCCCCGGAAGGGCCACUCGCGCCACAAGAGCAUCAGCAGUGCCUUGUGCCCCGCUGUGUGCCCCACCGCAGGGCACACUCUCACCCCAGACAAGGAGGGCAAAGAGCCGGGGCUGCCCCCUCUUCUCUCCCUGCUCCUGUGCGUGAUCCCCAACAAGGCCGUCCACCUCACCUACGAGCCGGCCUGGCAGCUCCCGCCCGGGGAGCCGCCUGCAGCCCCCACCUCCGCUACCUCUCUCUCCUUGUCCCGGCAGGUGGACACGACCCUGUUUGCAGAGUUCCAGGCCUGGCGGGAGUCGCCCACCCUGGACAAGAGCAGCCCUUUCCUGGAGAGGGUGUACCGGGAGGACGUGGGCCCCUGCCUGGACUUCACCGUGCAGGAGCUCUCGGCGCUGGUCCGGGCCGCCGUGGAGGACAACACGCUCACCAUCGAGCCCGUGGCUUUGCACACGCUGCCUGCUGUAACGGUGGCUGCGGUGGAGUGCGGCAGCGCCAACACCUGUGCCCUGAGCGGGCUGGCCCGCGCCUGCCGCCACCGCAUCCGGCUCGGGGACUCCGAGAGCCACUACUACAUUUCACCGUCCUCCCGGGCCAGGAUCACCGCAGUGUGCAACUUCUUCACCUACAUCCGCUACAUCCAGCAGGGCCUGGUGCGACAGGAUGCGGAGCCGAUGUUCUGGGAAAUCACAAGGCUGAGGAAGGAGAUGUCGCUGGCCAAGCUGGGCUUCUUCCCGCAGGAGGCCUAGGCCAUGGCCCAAGGCCUAGGGCUCUGACCUGAACACCUGCCCUGGGACAGAUGGGAAGACACAGUCCUGGAGCCAACCUUGAGCCACGAGCUGAAUGGACGGACAAAUGGCCAGGCCACGGGGCAGCACUGAGCCAGCACCAGAUGUCCGUCUGGGGACCACAGGCUUGGACUUCACGAGAUGCCUCUUCUCUCACCCCACUGGGCUCUGCAGCCACCAGACAAUUCCAGGGAAGCACCAAAGACCAAGCAGCUUGAAGCCAUACUCAGGGGACUCAGUGCUUGGGAAGAGACCCCUGGUGCAGCCGGCACCCCCUCCCCAGCCCCAGGAGCUGCCGCCUGCAGUGCCUUGUUGCUGCCUGGUCUCCAGAAAGGGACUGUCCUGGGGUGGCCAGAUCUCCAGGCUGUCUUCCUCCUAGGUUCCCAAGCCCCGAGUCAGCAGCGCCCCCUUGUGGCCAUCUGAGCCCAAGUGCCCUUCAGUGGGAGUGCCCACCAAUGGCCUCUGCUUUCCUAGGCCCCACGGGACAGCGGGGCUGGAUGGAGGAGCUGGCCCGGCUAGGAACAGCCCCAAAGCAAUCUUAAAAUGAGUCAGGGCCCCUGCUCCCUCUGUCCCUGCAACCUCCCUCCCCCAGCUCAGCCCUGAGGUCCAGAAGACUCUGCUUCCAAAGCCACUAGGAUUGGGGUCCUUUUUUCCCCAAAGUAAGACACCGGUAGGGCCCCAGGACACCCAUGCCUGUUUGCAGCAGUGCAUGGCGUUCAGACAGCAGGGCCCUCGCACGUGGGGCUGGGAGAGGUGAGCAGGGCCUGGGGUGCUCACCAGGGUAGGGGCUCCCACCUGGACGCAUCCCUCACCACGCCUGGAUUUCUUUUGUCGGAUGGAAUGUAACACGAUCUCUAUUUCAUAAA